AUGGCACCUCCACUCGUCAAUUCCCCCGAACGCGUCGCAACCAUUAUGCUGUUAUGGCACUCCCUCGAACUCGUUUCAUGCAGUACCUUACAAACCUUGUGGGCCGGAUAUGGACGAAUUUGUGAAAUUACUGUUCGAGCAGCGACUGACAAAGCAGCUUGGAAACUUGACGAGCUUUGUGGGUUAGAAUCGGGAGUUGCUGGAACCACAUACCCUCUCGUACUGAAGCUCAUAUCGCCCCCAAGCAUUCCCCGUAGCAAUGCGGACGAGGGACACUUGCGGAAAAUGCUGAGCUACGAGGUGGAGCAGUACUUUUAUAGUGAUGUGGCCCCGCUACUUGGCGACGACAUUGCUGUUGCCAAGUGCCUUGCUUCAACGCGUGGCAUAGAUGGCGAGGACAACGAGGAACUCAGAGGUCUGAUGGCUAUGAUUAUGGUCGAUCUACGUCCAAAGUUUCCUAUAGCCGGAGGAAAGAGGAGCGCGCUGAACUACGCACAAGUUUGUGGGGCAUUGGAAUGGCUCGCCAAAUUUCACGGCCGUUCAUUAGAGUUGAAGCCGUACAACCUUGCUGAAUAUAUAUUGCCUCCCUUAGAAGAAAAAAGCACACGAAAAACUAGGGGCGGGAUUUGGCUCAAUGGAGGGUAUACAUAUCUUUCGACACGGCGCAAAGAGUACACUUCUCUUGCCGAAGACGAAUCAGAGUGGUCAGUAGCCCUGUGCAGCAGCACCUUUGAAGAUUCUUCAUUGUCUGUAGCCGAGAUGGUUGCACAGUUCUUAACCCCACGUGGGAGGCCUAUUGAGUCAUAUAUCCAUGGCGACGUCAAGUCGGAGAACCUCUUCACGACUACUAAUGGAGAGAAUGUGGUAUUCUUUGAUUUUCAAUAUGUCGGAAUAGGCCUCGGGGUGUGUGAUCUUGCGAAGCUAUUCACGUGCUCUGUUCCUCUCCAUAUGCUUGUUGACUCAUAUGGGCCUUUGCCUGAUCAACUGACGAUGCGUGAUGGCGAAAAGAAAUUGCUUGAGCGGUACCGCGCCAGCAUGAUCCAGGAUGAGAAAUCGGGUCUUUACAACUGGGAAAACUUUGAACGCCAUUGGGAGACAGCUCUGGUUGACUGGUGUCGGUUUCAAGCCUCCUGGGGCUUUUGGGGAAACACCGAAUGGCUUGAGGCUCGUGUAAGAUCAAUCUUGAGCGAUCAGAAGUGGAGAGACUGGCUGCAAGAAAACACAAGUAGUCAAAGCAGUUUAUCAAACUAA